AUGGGACAUACUUUGACCGUCAUCAACGACACUUCCGAGCGCUGCGUUGUAAAGGUUUACACCGUUGGACCCGGAAUUCAAGUCGGCCCAGACUAUCCCAUUGAUGCCGGCGGAAGAAAAGGUAUUGACCUUGAGGCAGUGUGGUACGAUAUCGGGUUCAAUUUCCCUGGCAAACCAGAAAAGUACAUCAGAGUUUGGAUGGGCGGCGAUAGGACACUAUACUGCAGUCAAGCCAAUAGUGCCUCCGCUGCCAGUCUCAAGGCCAGUCCGUUCCUGUUUACGGAGGACCUAUUGGAAUACCUCAAGCUCCCCGGUACCAGCCCUACGGAUGAUCGCUCUAAGUCGACGGAGCUCAUCCAAAAGGAGGCCAAAGUAUCGUAUGCGGCACUCGAGAAAGGAUUGCAAUUUUUCGCGGAGAAUCAGGGCAACUGA